GCCCUCGGGGAAGACAGCCCAGGGAGACAGCCGAGAUCCGGGGAGAGGGAUCGCGGGAGGUACCUGGGUUGCUGCCCGCGACCCAUUACCCUAGAGAAAAUGGAACUUUCCGUCUCGGACACCCACCCAAGAGCGGCGGGGAAGCCUUCGAUCUAGUCUAGGAGAGGCGACCAGGCUCAGCCUCUGGAAUCCCGGACGCCGGGAGCCGCGUUACGGGAAUCGCAGAGGCCUGUAGUCCCGCCCCUUCGUCUCCGGCGACCCCGAGCCAAUGGCCGCCCGCUUCGAGACUGACCAGAGCCAAUGAGCUCGCGAUCUCUGGCUCGGGGGGAGUGGGGAGGCGGAGCUAGGAGAGCCCGGGUCAGCGGCGGACCGAGGGUGGCGUGUACGAUCCGGAGGCCAGAGCUUCGAGCGAUCCGGGCUGCGGCUCCGCUGAGGAACCGGUGGUGUGGGCCGGGAUCCGCGGGGCCGAGGGACGCUCUGGAGCGGCGAGGCUCGCGGCCCGAAGGAAGACCCGAGAGAAGGAACAUGACAUCUAGAGGCAGCGGACUAGUUUCAGAUUCAUGCUUUAUCAUUUCUUAAUUUCGUGUGUUGGGAACAUCCCUGCACGAUGUCAGCACUAAGGAUUUGGCUAACACAAGCUUUGCUUAUUUUCCUCACCGCUGAAUCUAUAGGUCAACUUUUGGAACCGUGUGGUUAUAUCUACCCUGAAUUUCCAGUUGUCCAGCGUGGCUCUAACUUCACUGCCAUUUGUGUGCUAAAGGAGAAAUGUCUGCAGCACUACGACGUGAAUGCCAGCUACAUCGUGUGGAAGACCAACCAUGUGGCUGUCCCCAGGGAGCAGGUCACUGUCAUCAACAGAACCACAUCCAGUGUCACGUUCACAGACAUGGUCUUCCAGAGCGUCCAGCUCACCUGCAACAUCCUGUCCUUUGGACAGAUCGAGCAGAAUGUGUAUGGAGUCACCAUACUUUCAGGCUGUAAGAUUUGGGUCUUUUUUUCAAUAUUGUCAGACUCUUGAACUACAUUUUUAAUGGUUUCUGUUAGACUUCCC